AGGCACUCCCUUGUGUUAGAUCCAAGAAGCAACCACAAACAAGAAUCAACAACAAGAGAGGAGGAGGAAGAAGAAGAGAUCGAAGAUGGCCGACGGCGAGGACAUCCAGCCGCUGGUGUGCGACAACGGGACAGGUAUGGUGAAGGCCGGGUUCGCCGGCGACGACGCGCCCCGGGCGGUGUUCCCCAGCAUCGUGGGGCGGCCGCGGCACACGGGGGUCAUGGUGGGCAUGGGGCAGAAGGACGCGUACGUGGGCGACGAGGCGCAGUCCAAGCGUGGUAUCCUCACCCUCAAGUACCCCAUCGAGCACGGCAUCGUCUCCAACUGGGACGACAUGGAAAAGAUCUGGCAUCACACCUUCUACAACGAGCUCCGCGUGGCCCCCGAGGAGCAUCCCGUCCUGCUCACCGAGGCGCCCCUCAACCCCAAGGCCAACCGUGAGAAGAUGACCCAGAUCAUGUUCGAGACCUUCAACACCCCCGCCAUGUACGUCGCCAUCCAGGCCGUGCUCUCCCUCUACGCCUCCGGGCGAACCACCGGUACGUACGCAUUACAUCUUCUUCUCACCACCUACAACUCCAUCAUGAAGUGUGAUGUGGACAUCAGGAAGGACCUCUACGGCAACAUCGUCCUCAGUGGUGGCACCACCAUGUUCACCGGCAUCGCCGACAGGAUGAGCAAGGAGAUCACCGCCCUCGCGCCCAGCUCCAUGAAGAUCAAGGUCGUCGCCCCGCCCGAGAGGAAGUACAGUGUGUGGAUCGGAGGCUCCAUCCUCGCCUCCCUCAGCACCUUCCAGCAGAUGUGGAUCGCCAAGGCCGAGUACGACGAAUCCGGACCAUCCAUCGUCCACCGGAAAUGCUUCUAGAUACUCAUAUAUCCACCCCAUUCCAUCGUCAUUAUCUUACCUUAUCAUCAUCAUCAUCAUCAUCACCAAACAAAACAAAAGUAAAGGCGCGCCGACGAUGCAUGGGAUCAUCACUACUACUGCUGCCG